AUGUCCAACGGCAGCACCGUGACCGAGUUCCUGCUCCUGGGGUUCUCCGACGUGCGGGAGCUGCAGAUUCUGCACUUUGUGGUGUUUCUGGCGAUUUACCUGGUAGGCCUGAUUGGGAAUCUUCUCAUCAUCUCAGCUGUCGCUGUCAACCACCAUCUGCACACCCCCAUGUACUUCUUCCUGGGGAACCUGUCCCUCCUAGACCUCAGCUCCAUUUCCGUAACCGUCCCCAAAUCCAUGGCUAACUCCCUCCUGGACACCAGGGUGAUUUCUUACUCUGCCUGUGUUGCCCAAGUCUUUCUUUUUUUCAUUUUCACUUCAACUGAUCUUCACUUGCUCACCAUCAUGGCCUACGACCGAUACGUGGCCAUCUGCCACCCUCUGCACUACGAGAGAGUGAUGAACAGGAGAGUUUGUGUCUUCAUGGCCACUGGUGCCUGGCUCGCUGGUAUUAUCUACGCUGCCCUGCACACUGGGAACACCUUCAGAUUAUCCUUCUGCCGGGCCAAUGCCAUCGACCAGUUCUUCUGUGAAAUCCCACAGCUCCUCAAGCUGGCCUGCUCCGACUCCUACCACAGUGAAGUUGGGGUUACGGUCUUUGGUGCAGUUUUGGCUUUUACUUGCUUUGUUUUUAUCAUUGUGUCUUAUGUUCCCUUUGGUGCGGUUUUGGCUUUUACUUGCUUUGUUUUGAUCAUUGUGUCGUAUGUUCAGAUCUUCAGAGCGGUGCUGAGAAUCCCCUCGGAGCAGGGCCGGCACAAAGCCUUCUCCACAUGCCUCCCCCACCUCGCCGUGGUCUCUUUGUUCCUGAGCACAGCCUCCUUCACCUACCUGAAACCCACCUCCAGUGCUCCGUCAGGCCUGGAUCUGGCAGUGGGCGUUCUCUAUGCCGUGGUGCCUCCAGUGAUGAAUCCGGUCCUCUACAGCCUGAGGAACAGGGAGCUCAAAGCUGCAUUGAAGAAACUGUUUGGGUGGAGGUUAGUCUCCAAAUAUUAA